CUUUCACCGGCUCACUCGUUCUGUCUCUCUUCCUCCAUCACACCUCUCUCUCUGUAGGAUUUUACUGCAUCAAUCUGUCAAACAACUAAAGGACUCAAAGAGAUAGUGCGUGUCGACAUGUUGGCUACUCUGGAGACGAUGGGUUAUAUCUCAGGCUGGUCCGGUCCUGCCCAGACCCCAGUAGAGGUGGACCUGGAAGUCAUUGAAGAAUACCUGCAGGAACACUCCCUGGAUGUUCAACACACACCACCUACGCCUCCUACCACGCCCGCUCAGCAAACACACACACACUCAAACCAACACCAGGGAACCAGCAUCAUAGAGAACAGCUGGUCUGGUCAGUAUGCCUACCAGUGGCAUUACGACUAUAGUUCUCCUAAUAAGGAAUAUGAAAAACAGGCUCCGCACACAGAAUGGCCUCGUCUUCAUGGCAACCACUGGGAGCGCGGCGCCUACUCCAACGAGACAACACCCUGCAGCGAGUCCGAUUCCACCGGCUCCGUCUGUCUAGACUACCCACCAUCCUCUCCUGCCGAUGCUCUGACCUGCCCCCCUGCUGAGAGGAGAGGCAGGAAGACGAGCGAAACGCUGCCCCUGGCUUCACACUCAGGAAAGAAGAAGGAGCGUCUGUUCCACUUCCUGUUUGAGAUGCUUCAGACCCCCUCCAUGCGAAGCUGCAUCUGGUGGGUACAGUCCUGCUCCGGAACCUUCCAGUUCUCCUCCCAGAACAAGGAACGUCUAGCCCAGCUGUGGGGACGCAGGAAGGGGAAUCGCAAGACCAUGACUUACCAGAAGAUGGCCCGGGCGCUCAGAAACUACAGCAGAACGGGGAGAGAUUUGUAAAGUGAAGAGGAAGCU